GGAGCGCGCGCGCCGUUUACUACGCACUGCGCCGCACGCACUCGCAAUAUCAAAAAUGAGAAAUCAAAUAUAUGUAAAAUUAUUUUUCAGUUGCACAGUCCUAUCAAUACUAGUGUUUUUAUAUUUAUCACUAAAAGAUUUAACUCGUCCUCGUGAAAGUGUUUUAAUCAAUACUAAAAUCUACGAAUUAGAACAAAAUAUAGAUAAAAUAAUAGAAAAAGUGUCGAAUACAAGAGACAAAAUGGACACCACUAUUAAAAAUUUGUUCUCCAAUGAAUCUGAUUUGAAAUAUAUAUUGCAAUGGACAUCUUCGAAGAAUGUACCGUUUGUGUAUAUGGGUGAAGGCAGAAAAGGUUUUAUUGAUAGGAAGUGUCCAUACACGAACUGUUUUGUUACAGGAGACAAGAAAUAUCUCGGUGAUUAUACAAAAUUCGACUUGAUCGCAUUCGCCGGUCCCGAAGUGGUGAGGAUGAAUAAUAUUUUUCUGCCUACUAAACGAUCUCCUCAUCAAAAGUAUGUAUUCGCGACAAUCGAAUCCGCGGACAACUAUCCAGUAUGUUCAAAUAGGUUCGAUGGCUUCUUUAAUUGGACCUGGACGUAUAGGUUGGAUUCUGAAGCGAAAUGGGGUUACAUCGUGAUUCGAGAUUCGGAUAAAAAAAUAAUAGGACCUAAGAAGGAUAUGAAUUGGAUGAAAUUAGAGGAAAUGAAUCCGGUUACUGAAGAAUUAAAGAUGAAAUUAAAAAGUAAAACAAAAGCUGCAGCUUGGUUUAUAUCAAAUUGUUAUUCGAGAAGUGGUCGCGAAAGAUUCGUUAAAGAGUUGCAAGGUUACUUAAAGCAAUAUAAGUUAGAUGUGGACAUCUAUGGAGCUUGUGGACCUUUAAAGUGUGGACGAGACCACGAAGAUGAGUGCUAUAAUAUGAUUGAAAAGGAUUAUUAUUUUUAUUUAGCAUUUGAAAAUUCAUUUAGUGAAGAUUACGUGACAGAGAAGUUAUUGCAUGGGUUGAAACAUAAUGCUGUACCGAUUGUUUACGGCGGAGCGAACUACACUAGGUUUAUGCCCGAUGGGAUUUAUUUAAACGCACGUGAUCUUGGAUUUGAGAAAUUGGCAGUGAAAAUGUACGAACUUAUUAAAUCACCAGAAAAAUACGCUGAAUAUUUUCGAUGGAAAGAUCAUUAUUCAUAUUACAGAAGACACGAGAGUUUGGAAACUGAUGAUUAUUGUAGAUUUUGUUCCAUUCUUAAUGAAGAUGAACUAGUUAAAAAAACAACGAUAUACAAACAUUUUAGAAAAUGGUGGGACCCACCAAAUAGAUGUUAGAAACUAAUUAAAAUAUGUUUUAACGAUAA